GGGCGAAAACAGACAUGCUUUUGAAAACAUGGGUCCAAAUUCCAAUUAUUUCAUUUAAAACCAACAAACGGUAGCGUAGAGUUGCUGGGAAAAUAACAGCGAUCUCUUCACGCACACACCGAGAUGAAUAAAGUUUCGAAACGCAGCAGAUCCCUGCGUUUCUUUCUAUUCUUGGCUUCGUUUUCUCUACAAAUCCUUUCAGGCUUUUCUGAUGACUCGUCGAAUACCAAAAAUGGCACAAAGGCUGAGGCUCAUGCUACCUCCAGUAGUAGCACUGGAUCUACAGUCCUCAUCGUAUUCCUUGUACUCUUGGUCCUUGUGGUAAUCUCUUUCUUCCUUUUCAAGGUGUGGCAAAGGAAGAAGAGAGAAGAGCAGUAUGCUCGUCUUUUGAAGUUGUUUGAAGAGGAUGAUGAGCUUGAAGUUGAACUUGGUCUUCGGGAUUGACCCUUAUACCUUGAGGCUUUGUGGCUUUUAUCAUCUGGAAAAGUUUCCUUUAAUAGCCAGGUUUGGGAUGUGAUGUCCUCAUAUAAGGUGAGAGAAUCUUAUGUCGUAAUUGUAAUAUUUGUAAUGAUAUUCAAAGUGAAAAUUUUUACUUGGACAAGGCUUCUGUCUUUGUGUUAGAUAAGAGGGGGUGGUACACUUUUUGUACGAAAUUCUUUGAGGUCUUAAUCAAAAGGUUCUGAAAAUGACCUCAAAUUCCAAUUUA